UUUUCUUUCACCAGAAAAUUAAUUUUUCUUGGGUUUGACUUGACAUUUAUUUCUUGAUUUAGAAUUAAAUUGCUUUUGAUUAGAUUUAAUUUCGUUUACAAUUCUAUUUAAAUUAACAAUUCACGUAAGUUUAUCAAAGGAAAAUGGGAGCACUUUUAAGUGUAUUCACUGUAGGCCAAUUGGCCUGUUGCUGUUCGAGUGCUGCUUGUAACUUGGCCUUUUGUGGUCUCCAAUCAUGUUUCUCCUCGAUUGUUACUCGUAUCAUGUUCGCCAUGAUGUUGUUCCUAUCUACUUUACUUUCAUGGAUCAUGAUGUCACCCUGGGUAACAGAGAAACUUCAAGAUGUCCCGUUUUGUAAAAGUGGUUCAGGAUAUUCUUCAAUGUGUCAACAAGCUGUUGGUUAUCUCUCUACAUACAGAGUUUUAUUUGCCCAAACAAUUUUCUUUCUUCUUUUCUCACUCAUCAUGUUGAACGUAAAAACAUCAAAAGAUGGAAGAGCUGCCAUUCAAAAUGGAUUCUGGGGUCCUAAGUUUAUGCUUCUCAUUGGCUUAAUGGUCGGAGCUUUUUUCAUCCCUGAAGCCGAAACAUUCGGUCAAGUCUGGAUGUACUUUGGACUUGUUGGUGGUUUCCUGUUCAUUUUGAUUCAAUUAAUUCUCAUCAUUGACUUUGCUCAUAGUUGGGCUGAAAGUUGGGUUGAAAAGAUGGAACAAACCGAAUCAAGGUGGUGGUAUGCAGGUCUUGUUUUCUUCACCCUUUUCCAUUACAUCGCUGCGAUUACUGGAUACGUGUUCUUGUACAUCUAUUACACCUCAGGGGAAGGAUGUGGUCUUCAGAAGUUUUUCAUUUCUACAAAUCUUAUUGUUUGCUUUGUACUUUCUGCUUUAUCCAUUUUACCUGAUGUCCAAGAAGCUCAACCACGAUCUGGACUUCUUCAAUCAUCCCUCAUCACUUUAUAUUCAAUGUAUUUAACUUGGUCAGCAAUGAACAAUUCAGCUGACAAUUGUAAACCAAACAUUUUCCAACACGGAAAGGACAAAAAUUUUGAUGCCAUGUCUCUAGUCGGACUUGCAAUUUGGUUUGCAUGUAUUUUGUAUUCAUCAAUUCGUACCUCAAGUAACAGUCAAGUUGCAAAGAUCACAAUGUCUGAACGUAUUCUCAUGAAAGAUACAAGUUCGGAUGGAGCUGGUACCCUUCUAAAUCAUAACAAUCAAGGUAAUAGCGAUGGUGAAAACGGAGGAAUGGUCACUUCAAACGACAAUGAAGAGUCACAUAUAUACGUCAUGAUGACCCUGACUAAUUGGUAUAAGCCUGACUUGAAGAGUGGUAAUCUUAAUCAAAAUGAAGGUUCGAUGUGGAUUAAAAUUAUAUCCAGUUGGUUUUGCUGUUUACUCUACAUUUGGACCUUAAUUGCUCCGAUUGUCUUACCAGAUCGUGAUUUCAGUUAAACGAUCAACUCUACGACUGUUUAUCAUUCUCCCUGAUAUCAUCUCACCUUUUUUUCUAGCAACUAUUUUUCUUCUAUUUUUCUCGUUCAAUGUUUCCAUCGUUGAAUCCCUCUUUUUUUGGCACAUUUGAAACCAUUUGAAUCAUGAACAUUAUCCAAAUCAUUUGAACAAAUAUCUACACUGUUUAUCAUGUCACACCUCUGAUCAUGGUUAAGAUGAAAAGAGUAUUGAAGAUUAUCAACUCACUCGUUGGAUAAUCAAUUUACAUGUUCACCUUAUUUAAGAAAAAACAAAUUGUAUUGUCAAACAAUUGCCGUAAUUGUAAACAACAUUCAGGUCAAACCAAAAUGUGGCCAAAAAUUUUUGAUAAAAAUACGCAAAAUUAACUUGA